CGCUAAAAGUGGACCUGAUUUCCAAUUGUAUAUGCGAACCAAGAAUAGUUCAUGAUUGAUUAUUUGAAAUAUGAUUCAUUUAUUUACAGUAUAUAUUUAUUUCAUAUCCAGACACUUUUUUCAUGGUUUGUUUAGUCUUUUCUUUUCUGGCUCGGGGUUGUACCUGCGUGUAGCUUGUUCAAUAAUGAGGAAGUUGACCAAGUUAAAUAUAACCACUCUCACUUGCCUUUAUGGUUUUUGUGUUCUUUUGGUCAAAGAAAAAAAAAACAACAUGAAUGUAUGAAAGUUCACCUCCGGAGUCACAGUUUGAACGACGCAGCGCAGUCAGCAGGCUGUGAUGCCAGAGCGCAAUAUGAAGAUGGGAAGAAGGAUCUUCCUCCUUAAAAUAGCCGCCCUUCUCCUUUUCUGUCCAUCUGUAUGCUCAGAAUCUGCAUGGUACCCGAAAAGUCUGCAAUGUGAUGUGACUAGAAUUAGCAACGACACUGAAGUGAAGGUGGACUGCACCAGUAGAGGAUUAACUUCAAUUCCAAGAGGAAUUCCAUCCAAUACCACCAACCUGACGCUUACCAUCAACCAUAUCCCUCACAUCAAUGAAACCUCUUUCCUCGGUCUGAACAACAUAACUGAGAUCGACCUGCGCUGCAACUGCGUGCCCAUCAAGAUCGGCCCGAAAGACCAGGUGUGCACAAAAAGUGUUCAAGUCGACAAUGGAAGUUUCUGGCAGCUCAAGACUCUUAAAUCACUUUACCUGGACGGUAAUCAGCUGCCCAGCAUUCCUAAAGGUCUCCCUCCAAACAUCAUGCUCCUCAGCCUUGAGGUCAACAGCAUUUUCUCAAUUUUGAAGGAAAAUCUCACAGAGCUUUCCAACAUCAAGAUACUGUACCUUGGCCAGAAUUGUUACUUCCGAAACCCGUGCAACAGGUCGUAUCAUGUCGAGGAGGGCGCUUUUUUGCAGCUUAACAAACUCACUUUGCUGUCGCUUAAGUCAAACAAUUUGUCUUAUGUGCCUCACAAACUACCGUCGAGUCUUAAGGAGCUGUAUUUAUACAACAAUAACAUACAGAAGGUAACACUUGAGGAUUUUCACAACUUGACCGAGUUAGAGAUCCUGGAUUUGAGUGGAAAUUGUCCCCGCUGCUAUAACGCACCCUUUCCAUGCGUUCCCUGUCCUAACAAUUCUCCUCUACAGAUUGACAAAAACACCUUCCUCAGUUUGACCAAACUUAAGAUUCUGCGGCUUCACAGCAACUCUCUCACUACCGUGCAACCAAAUUGGUUUCAGGGCUGCAAAAAACUUCAAGUGUUGGACCUCUCAAGCAACUUUUUAGCAAAAGAUAUAACACACACCUCCUUUCCUGGUUCAUUGCCUUUCCUAGAAGAACUAGAUCUCUCUUUUAAUUAUGAGCUCCAGCGGUAUCCUUCAUCACUGAAUCUGUCUCGGGCUUUCUCCAAACUAAAGUAUCUCAGGAUCCUGAGAAUCAGGGGCUUUGUGUUCCAGGAACUCAAACAAGAAGAUGUUCAUCCUUUGACUCUUUUGGAGAAUCUCGAAAUGAUCGACCUUGGCACAAACUUCAUCAAGUUAACUAAUCUUAGCAUCCUCACAGGGCUGAAAAGUUUCCACAUCAUCAAUUUAUCAGACAACAAAAUCUCUUCGCCGUCGGAGGCCGAACAUGCAGCUGCGCUGUCGAUGGCACGUGGCUUUCCCAAGCAGGACGGCACUUCCCCAAUGUCACGAGGCGCUCAGUACCAAAGUGGAGAAGUGAGAGAGAUUCACUAUUUUAGAUACGAUGAAUAUGCACGAAGCUGCAAAAGUAAAGAUAAAGAACUUGGGAUUUUGAGUCCUUUCAACACACAAUGUAGCUCAUUUGGAAAAACAUUAGAUCUCAGCAGAAACAACAUUUUUUUUUUACAUUCAAGGUUCUUGAAUCUCGGUGAGCUCCGGUGUCUCAAUCUAUCAGGAAAUGCCAUGAGCCAAGCUUUAAAUGGUUCUGAAUUUAUUUAUCUUAAAAAUCUGAAAUACCUUGACUUCUCUCACAAUCGCCUGGAUUUAAUGUUCUCCUCAGCCUUUAAAGAACUGAGCAAUUUAGUCGUGCUGGACAUCAGUCACAACAACUACUACUUCGAAGCCGAGGGGUUGACACACAUGCUAAAUUUUACCCAAAAUCUUAACAAACUGACCAAGUUAAUAAUGAACCACAAUCAAAUAUCCACGUCCACCAACAUGGAGAUGCAGAGUUUAUCUCUGGAAUAUAUGGAAUUUAAAGGCAACCGCCUUGAUCUGUUAUGGAGAGAUGGCGAUACAAGGUAUCACAGCUAUUUUAAAAAAUUGAUGGCCUUAAAAUCGCUCGACAUCUCUCACAACAAUCUUAACUUUAUUCCCAAUCAAGUUUUCCAAAACCUUCCGGAAACACUUGAAGAAUUCAACAUCACAAACAACAAGUUGAAAUCAUUCUACUGGGAUGGUCUUAGGUUUCUUCCAAACCUGAUGGUGUUAGAUCUUAGUGGUAACCAGUUAACAAGCGUUCCUCUAAAGCUUUCCAACUGUUCGAAAUCUAUCGAGACACUGGUUUUGCGCAAGAAUCAAAUCUCGCGCCUAAGCACAGAGUUCCUCCAAGAUGCAUUUAGCCUAAAGAAACUCGAUCUGAGUUACAAUCAAAUCAAGUACAUUGAAGAGUCAAGCUUCCCUGAAGGCAUCAUAGACAAGCUGGAGGUUCUGUUCUUAAACAACAACCGGUUUGUGUGCUCAUGCAACGCCACGUGGUUCGUCCGAUGGAUCAAUCGCACGUCUGUGAACAUUCCUCGACUAGCCACCGACGUCAACUGUGCUUCUCCUGGCACGCAGCGAGGCCAGAGUGUGAUUUCUCUCAACCUCCAAGCCUGCCAGUAUAACUCUCUGUCCAUCAUUAUCAGUAUCCUGAGUACAUCUGUAAUCCUGAGUGUCCUCACCCUGUCCAUCUCCAGCCAUCUCUUUCUCUGGGAUGUGUGGUACAUCUACCAUUUCUGCCUUGCCAAAAUCAAGGGCUAUCGACGCCUAAUUUCAGAAAGCAUGGUCUAUGAUGCCUUUAUAGUCUACGAUAAAACCGACUCAGCAGUCAGUGACUGGGUGAUGCAGGAGCUCCGUGUUCAGCUGGAGGACCGUGGUGAACGAAGACUCAAUCUUUGCUUGGAAGAUCGUGACUGGGUUCCAGGUUGCCCUCUCAUUGAGAACCUUUCUCAAAGCAUUCAGCUUAGCAAGCGUACCAUAUUCAUCCUGACCACUCACUUUAUCCGGAGCGGUCAGUUCAAAACCGCAUUCUACCUGGCACACCAGAGGCUCAUGGAUGAGAAAGACGAUGUCAUCAUCCUGAUUUUCCUGGAGAGAUUUUCCUCCAGUCACUCCAAGUACCUUAGACUCAGGAAGAGAUUGUACAGAAGAUCUGUGCUUGAGUGGCCAAGGAACCCUCAAGCGCAGCAAUAUUUCUGGUUUUCUCUCAGGAGCGUCAUGGCCACUGAAAGCCAGCAGCACUACAACAAGCUCUUCCAGGAGACCCUGUAACAGUCACGAUGGGGUUUUUGCUUAUCAUCAUGUACACAGGUGUUUUUAGAAAAUAAGGUCACUGAAAAAAAUGGACAUUUUGGAAAACUUUUUCUAAAGUGAAGAUAUGUACUUUUUUUGAGAACCCAUUUUCGGCAUGUAAGACAAGUGAAAUACUUGAACUUAUUUUUUUCUUCAGGAUUCUGUUUGGCAUGCUUAGACUGCCCUGUUGAAUAGAGUUUUUUUUUUUUUUUUUAAG